UCUGACUGGACAGCAUGUGGGCAUGGGCACUCCUCCCCAUCCUCCUGGCACUAGGAGGCACUGUGGGCAUCUGGGUAGUGUUCUUCAUGGCCGUGAACAAUGGAUCUGUUAAUGUAACCGAAGCCUUUCCUUACAUCAGUGCGUGUGGUUCCUAUGUUCCUCAGAGCUGUCUCUUUUCUCAGAUCUGCAAUCUGAGCAGUGUGUUGAUCCUGUGGGUGGUGAUCAUCCGGUUCCAGCAGGUGUGUGACCUUGGCAACAAGUGUCACCGUGCCAACAUCGCCACCCUGGUGCUCGGCUUCAUCUCCGCAUUUGGAGUGUCCGUACUCGGCAACUUCCAGCAAUCUGUGUCUAUGGGUAUCCACCUGUUAGGAGCCUUCCUGGCGUUCUUCAUGGGGCUGGCCUAUUUCUGGAUGCAGCUGUGGCUGACGUACCGCGCGGAGCCGAGUGGCGACCGCUGCUGGAUGGGACCCCUCAGGGCCUUCUUCUGCACGCUCAACACCGUAUUCCUCAUCGCUAUGGCCAUUCUGCAUAACACGGGCCACAAGUCUCCGGCGGCCAUGUUUGAAUGGGCUCUGGUGAUGACCUUCUUCCUGCUCUUCAGCCUCUUCGCCGCAGAGUUCCGCCACGUCCAGUGCCACCGCCUCACCGUGCACAAGCAGGAGCCUUUAGAGAGGCGACCUGAGGGGAAUAACGCCAUCAUGUGAUUAAUUGUGUGUGUGUGUGUGUGUGUGUGUGUGAGAGAGAGAGAGAGAUGGGUUGGUAGGUGUGUAAUGUAUAGCAGGUUAGUUUUUGCAAACAAGCAGGACCUGCCUUAGAGACGACCAUUAUUGGAUUGUUAUAGAGGACGAAUCGUGCAUGCGUGCGUGUGUCAGAGAGAGAGAGAGAGAGAGAUGGUUGGAAAAUGGGCCGUGUGUGCCGGUGUAUAGCAGAGUUCACAAGCAGGAGUGCGUGCGUGCGUGUGUUUCGGGGAGCCACAUAGCCCCCAUGGGAGCGAUACUGGAUGGCUGCAGUGAAGGGUAACUACAGCAUCACACCGCUGAUGAGGGACUGACUGCCGACAUCAGAGUGCACUCUGCAUGCAUUUCAGUGUGUAUUAUUGCUCUAUUACGGGGCAAUGCAGACGUGUUAUUGUGUACUGUAUGUCUCCAGGAUUGUUUUUUUAUUAUUGUUUUGGUAAACUUUGUAUCCUGAACUUGUGUGUGUUUUUUUUUUUUUUUUAAAUAUACCUGGGAUGUUAAUAGUCAUGUUGUGGUGUAAUUUUUGCUUCAACAUUGCUAUGCUAUGCCAAGUCCGAACUAUGUACUUACAUUUUAGCCAGCUGUGAUCUGUAAAUCUGAUAUUACUUGUGGAGGGUAAUUUUGUGGUCCUAUUACAGCCAAUGGACUUUAUAUUUGAAUAUUGUGUGCAUGAUAAUGUCAUUGGAGAAAUCAAAUUGAAAAACAUUA